AUGGUAUGCAUGAAAACAGAUAAGAAAUUAUGGAAAGUAUUUGUCAAACCAUCUUCAGAAACAAGAGAUGCCCAGCACUUACAGAAGGGUUGUGACUUCGUGAGCGCUUUUCUGAAAGGCUUUAAGUACGAAGACGCAUUAGCUGUGGUCAGAAUAGAUGGUAUCUACGUCAAUUCAUUCCACAUAAUGGAUGUGAAACAAACACUCAGAGGUGAUCACAUGGCUCGAGCAGUGGGGCGUAUUUGCGGUGCUAAAGGUCGUAUUCGUAUGUGUAUUGAAAACGCUACACGGACUCGCAUAGUCGUUGCCGAUGAAACCAUCCAUAUUCUAGGAAGCAAUGACCGCAUAGCAGUGGCCCGACGUGCAAUAUGUGAUCUGAUAUUGGGCGCUCCGCCGAACAAAAUUUUCGGAAAAAUUCGAACACACGCCGCUAGACUAGAUUCUUCUUUGUAA